AUGAACUGGGAAAUCGCAGAACAUCGGACCGCAUAUUCUCUGGUAGCAAGACUUCACCGUUGCGGCACACUAAGGGAGCUCGUAACCCUCAGGGACAGCCUAGUUGGGGAGAAGCCGGAUGAGGAUCCGCGACUCAAGAAUAGGCGGCAAUUUUUGAAGCUACUGCUUGAUGAUGAUGUUCUCACUGCCAUGCAUAGAUCCUUACGAGAUUUGAGGAAGUGUUUGCCCAUUGGCAGCAGUGAAUGCAAAACGCAACCCUAUCAAGAUCAAAAAUUAUACUUAAGCUCGAAGGAUCCCAAGGAGGAACGAGAAAUGCACCGGCAGCUGAGACCAGUCCCACUUGCACGUCGAAGGCCGGGAUACCAAUUACCAGUCGGCCAAAGGUACAAGGAGGUUUCUGACAUCAUUGAGAACAACACAUACUCUCUCAUCGCAGCAGAUGCAGGCUCGGGCAAGUCAACUCAAAUACCACAGAUAUUGCUUGACAACGCCAUAUCCACGGGGUCAGGAUCUAAAUGCAGAAUUAUCUGUGUCCAACCCCGCCGAAUCGCCGCCGUUUCGCUUGCCCAUCGAGUUGCCGAAGAACGAGGUCAGCAAGUCGGUCAUGAUGUGGGAUAUCGUGUUCGCUUCCAAUCCCGAUACUCCUCCCGAGGCAGAACGAUCAAAUAUUGUACCACAGAACACUUUCUCAAUCUACUGCACAAUCAACCGACUUUUCUGGAUUCAGCCACCCAUAUAAUACUUGACGAGGUCCACGAGCGAGAUGUUGCGCUUGACUUGCUUAUGCUUACGGUGAAAAAGAUGAUCAAACAGCGUCAAGCAACUGGAGCGCCUGUGCCGAAGGUGACCGCGAUGAGUGCAACUUUAGAUGCCGGCCUGUUUUCUUCAUACUUCCAAAAUCAGUCAGACAACGGCACUCUUUCACCAGCUCCAUGCCUCAGGAUUCCAGGUCGCACUUUCCCGGUCGAUAAACAUUAUCUUGAUGAGAUCUUCGAGCCUCUGUCGCAGACCUAUUCGGCCGAAACAUUAUGGUCGUUGUAUGGCGAACCCUCGACAAGACGUUUCUUGGCCCAGCAUGACUUCCACCUGGAAGCAAGUACGGAGGAAUACACGCAGGCGACUGUCAAGAUGCCCUCUUCACCUGAGGUCACAUCUCGCGAUUGGGAUGACACGGUUCCCAUUGGCUUGAUAUGUGCUGUUGUCGGCCAUAUACUUUCCACCACGAGCGGAGGCUCCAUUCUGGUCUUUCUGCCUGGUCUUCGUCAUAUCACGGGCGUAGAAAAAGCUCUCAGGAUGUAUGGGGAGCUUCUUGGCCGCGACUUCACCGAUACUCGUCGGUAUCGCAUUCUGCCACUGCAUUCCAGUCUCCCCAAGAGCCAAGACCAGGCAUUCGAAAUGGGCCCGCCCGGUUGCCGCCGAAUCAUCCUGUCUACAGAUAUUGCCGAAACCUCUGUCACCUUGCCGGAUGUGAGGUUCGUGGUUGACACCGGAAAAGUAAAUAUGAGUAUCUACGAGCCGCGGGAAAGGUCUAGCCAUCUUACCUGCUGCUGGGCCAGUCAGUCCAGCGUUGCCCAACGCGCAGGAAGGGCGGGAAGAGUACAAAGCGGGGAGUACUUUGCCCUGUUCACCAAGGAAAUGUACGAUACGUUUCGAAUCACCCGCCUUCCUGAAAUAAGGCGAGCCGAUUUGCGGCGGGCGUGCCUGCAAGUGAAGAAGGCAGGCUUCGGCACUUCUAUCCAGGACACGCUGCAGGAGGGCAUUGAACCGCCGGAUAAGCGUCAUGUCGAUGGCGCAAUCCAGGAUCUCAAGUUGCUGGACGCUUUGGGUGAACGGGAGGAGCUCACCGUUCUGGGGAACGCCAUCGCCUCGCUGCCCAUAGGCCCAACCCAGGCGAAAUUGGUUCUACUAGGCAUCAUUUUCCGCUGCCUCGAACCUCUCUUGAUCAUGGCAGUACUUCCCGGAAACGGUUCUUUAUUCUAUUCAACGGAAGACGUCGAGAAGCAACAGCAGAUACGGCAGGCUCGUGAGGACUUUUCGCAGAACACGUGGAGCGAUCACUUGAGUGCCGUGAACGCCUAUAUCGCGGUGCGGGAUGAGCUACAUCAAUCGGGUCGCUCCGAAGCUUUCAAAUUUGCCUUGUCAAAGGGCAUAUGCUUCGAUCGAUUCAGCGAAAUGAAUUCUGCAGCCCACCAGGUGCUUCGUCGGCUAGUUUCCGAAGGACUCAUUCCGCAGUCUUCGAUGCGCUACUUGCGGUUUGGGGGCCGUGCUUUGAACGUGAAUUCACACCGCGUUCCUCUUAUCAAGGCCCUGUUGUUUCAUACGCUCCACACCAAUAUCGCUGCUCCGCACCUGGACUUGUCCGGGCGCUAUCGAACGAAAACAACCGGGCGAGUUCUUGUGGCCUCGAGCAGUGUCAAUGGCCGCACGCGUCCAACAAGUCUGCUGGUCUUCGAUGCAAGUUCUGUUCCCUCCAGUGGCGGAUCGAUUUCGUUUCUUUGCAACACCUCGCACAUAACUCCACUCAUCGCCUGUCUGUUGGGCGGGCGACUUCAAGGCACGGACGAGACAGUGUAUCUAGAUUCAUGGCUGGCCUUGGAAGUAGAAAACAGCGGAGGAUUAAUGGGCAAUCACGCGGUCAAACUCUUAAUCGAGCUUCGCAAGGCCCUCGAAGUGGCAAUUACCACCGCUCUGGAUGCCUUAGUUCGACGCGAGCGUUGGUCCCAUGCAGUGUCGCCUAAGGCAGGUGGCCAUAUCUUCCGAACAGUCUCGAAGGCUCUCGUUGAUGUCCUGGACCUAGAUUCCGACCUCGUCUAUGAUCAGCGGCAGAAGGACGCCUCCAGAUAG